CAAUAAUUCAUCAGGACUAUGGAAAGCAGCUGGACUGCUCCAGUCUUUCCUUAAUACUUAUCUUCCACAGUUCUUCCUCCUGUUCUUUACAAGACCACUGGGAAUUUCAUAUGAGAGGGACUAUGGAGGAGCUCCAUGGGCAAACAGGCACCUUUAUUGAGGGUAAGCCUAAAAAGGUGAGGUUCAAGCUGGCCUCGUCAUACAGCGGCAGGGUCCUGAAGCAUGUGUACGAAGAUGGACAGGAGCUGGAUAGUCCAGAGGAGCAGUACCCUCACAGCUUCAUCCACAACAAGAUGGAGAUGGGACAUCUGUGUGGCUUAGAAGACAUGCAGGACCAGAGUUUCUUCCCUCCAACAGGUCUGAUUGCCCAGAGGAUAAAUGUCUAUCGAGGAGUGACAGGAUGCAAUUCCCUGGCAUGUGGAGAUCUUCCACAGGAUAAUAAAGGACCUGUAUUAGAUUUUGGAAAGAUUAUUAUCUACACCAGUAACCUGAAGAUUAUUCGAGCUCCUCACAGAAGGGGAGAGUCUAGAAGGGGAGAGUCUAGAAGGAGUCCUCACCGCAGUCAGGACAGAAAAGAAAGUUCACCAGGACGGGAGUCCCGGAGCAAAGGAAGACACAGAGCAACACGUUCCCACACAGAGGAACCAGAUGUAAUGACUGAACAAAAGCAGGAGGCAGGCUCAUGUGAACAGUGCGGAGGUUCAGGAUGUGCGCCGUGCUCCCUCUGUCAUGGAAGCAAACUGUCCAUGCUGGCCAACCGCUUCAAUGAGUCAAUCAGAGAGCUGCGCUGUCCAGCGUGCAACCCCCACGGCCUAGAGCGGUGCCAGUCCUGCACACACUAACACAUCUGAUGCCAAGCUGUGUCGGAUGGAGAUCUGACCCUUUGAGGUGUGAACGAAAGUGCAUUUUGGAUUAGUGUGUAAAUAUAAGAGCUUGAGGGCGGAAUGUGCUGCUGGAAAGAACUGCAAAGAGAGUUAUUACAGAUUCACCAGAAACCUACUUAGUGGUUGAUAUGAAAUCAGGAAUGAACUGGAAUCUCAAAGACAGGAAAGUAACAAGAGAGGAAUAAAAGGUGUUCAUUACUUUAUGACAAAUGUAGAGUAUUGUACAUGUGAGACAUGAAUA